AUGACCGAUCUCGCCCCCCAUCUCGAGCGUCUGGGCCUUGAGCAGUACCUCGAUGCCUUUGUAGGCGAGGGCUUCGACACCUGGGAGACCUUGACAGACAUUCAAGAAAGUGACUUUGACGUCCUCAAUGUCAAACUUGGCCAUCGCCGGAAACUCCAGCGGGCCAUCGCCGACUACAGAGGCAUCUCUUACGAACGUCUGGUCGGGUCUCCAGCCCAGGAAGGGCCACCAGACACCGGUAGAGCUCCCGAGAGCAGUGCGACUCCUGCCAUUGCGACCGAACGGGGCCCUGGACCUGUCCCUGAGACGAAGAGGAAGUAUAGGCGGCAUCCCAAACCCGACGAAAACGCCCCCGAGCGGCCCCCUUCUGCCUACGUGAUCUUCUCCAACAAGGUGCGCGAAGAGGUGAAGGAUCAGAACCUCUCUUUUACACAGAUCGCCAAGCUAGUGGGCGACCGAUGGCAAAAGCUGGAUCCUGCGGGCAAGGAGCCAUUCGAGACACAGGCAAACGCCGCCAAAGAGAGAUACAACAUCCAGCUGUCAACAUACCGGAAGACUGAGGCGUACAAGGAAUACAUGCAGUAUCUGGCAGACUUCAAGAGCAAGCAUGGGCAAACGUCCGAGCAGAAGAGACCCAAACUGGAUCCAGAAUCUAGCGGAAGCAUCAUCUCCGCCAGGUCGCUGGAAAGCAAUCCCGAAGUUGCUUCCCAGCUUUCCAGCCAUGUCAGAGGAGGUUCGAUGGGGUCCAUGGCCUCCUCGCCGUUCAUCGGGGGUGGGAGGCAGCCCACUCCCUCCGGGGCUUCGAUGCCGUCGCGGCCACAGCUUGCCUCCUCUCGCAGCGGCUCACCUCCCCCACUCCAGCAGGGUCGAGAGUUCUAUCGUCCGAGUCUGCCCUCGCGUCACAGCUCACUCUCGGACGAAUCAUCUACAGUACGCAGUGAUCUUCCAGAACCUCUAGUGCGGACUGCAACUCUGUCGCUAGGGGUUACCCCGUCGUCUUCGGGAACACCACCUCUACAGCCAGGGCCGCCAGGCGCCUUAUCUCUGGAUUCUUCAGGAUCUCCUGAUCUACCUGAACGAUCGAGGCUUUUGUAUGGUGUGCAGCAACAACACCAACAGGCUCAACCCCAACUCCAACCGCAACACCAACCCCAACUCCAACACCAACACCAGCACCAACACCAGCCGCAGCAACAUUCGGCUCUUUCGACCGUGCCUGGCAUCGGCAGCGCUCAGCCUGCACCAAGCGUGCCCUUCCCACCCACCUUCCCCUCCCCGACCAUGCCAGAAAGACCAUGGGGGAGCCGCCCCUCUGACAUUCGCGGAUACUUGGAGACCCCAGCGGGUGGACCGUCAUCUCUAUCUUAUUCUCCUGUCGGGAUCCCGCAACCAAAUCCCGCCCAGCUACCACCCUUCUUCCCGCCAGACCGUCUCCCCGAGUACUCUCCCGGGGCAUAUCUGAGGACACUCCCACCUCCUCGAAGUCGGUCGACCGGACAUCCUGCCCUGAGAGAGUCUGGAUCGCCGGUGCUGACCAGCGCCUUGACAUUGCGCAGGCCUGGGCAAGAAGAGAUUCGGGCUGUACUUGAGAGGUCGGAGAACGAUGCGGCCAACGCGCUAGCCGGGCUGGCUGCAACACCCGUGUCUCGCCCUGACACGACCAAACCUCUUAGCUAUUCACUACCCCCACGAUCUGCGCCUUAG